UUCAUUACAGAAGUGGGGAUACCGGAGAGGUUCAACUCGUUGUUUCAAAUUAGUGUGGCACUCGCGGUCUAGCGGCGCACAACACACCCCUGGCUCGCUCUCGCUGCCUGUCUGCCUCCACACACACACAUACACACACACUCACCUACCGGCUGCCCAAAAUCUCUUCACCGGACUCUGGACGUGGACUUCAGUUUUGGCGCCACCAGUGUGAUUUCUCGGUGCAGUGACAAAGUGUCGGAACGGCCGAUUUUGACCAAGUGUGAGCCCGCGAGUGCCUGAAAGUGGAUUUUCUCUCUUGACUUCUCACACCGACGAAUUUCUAUUAAAUUUAUUUUGCGUGUUCGAAAUUCCAUUCCUGAUUGAGUGUGACCGUAGCUGCCGCGCAACUUUCAGAUCCGCAGCAGCACAAUCUGGCCAUCCUUUUGGUGCAAAUGAUGACUAGUCCGGCUGAGGUCCCGUCACCCCUUCGGCCGGUCCUCCUUUUCUAAGACUGCCCACGCCAUACCCUGAGCACACCACUCUCACAAUGUCGGCCAGCACCCUGACAAACCCGAGCAGCGGCUCGACCCUGCCAGCCGCGACCUCGCCCUCGGAAGACUUCCUCCUGUGCCGACGCACCACCAACAACAACAACGACGAGGGCGAGCCAAGCCCCGCGAGUCGCAAAGCCGCCCUGUGGGCCCCCGAGCUGAGCAGAAGCGACCUGGAUUUGCGCGACGACAGUGGCGACGAAGCAUCCCCGACGGAAGAGUCGGAAGACGAGCGGCAGGUGGUGCAACUAAUGGCGACUGCAGCGCCAACGCGCAACAAACGCAAGAACUUCAAGCCGCGGAACAUCCUGUACUCGUUGGAUGACGAAAACGAGCCCUCGGACGCGGCGGCCGCCGCCAACAAGAGCGCCAAACCGCUUGACCUGACCGACGGUCUGCUGCCCGCCAAGCGGAGGAGCACAAUUCUGCCGAGGCGGGUUGAGCGGAGUCAGACGGAAGCUCGCAGCGACGCCAUGGACCUGUCCGUGCGGCCUCAGGAGGACGACGAACCGCCGGCCGUUGACCUCAGCCACGACCCCAGAGCCAUGCAGGAGGCCCUGAUGGCGCAGCAAUACGCGCAAAUCCAGAGCCAACUGCACGCCCACCUGCAGACCUUCCAGCAACACCCUGAGUUGCUUCUUCAGCAGCGCCACACGACACCUGCGGACGCGUCUGCAAUGAGGGAGUACGCUGAGAACACGAUGAAGGAGCUGCUGGGCAUCUACGGCCUCAACGACAUGGCAGAGUCCAUCACCAAACACGUGCCCAUUGGCAACUUUUCCUCUGGCAAAAUACUCGAGUCGAUGAACGCCACCUCGCGGCUGUCGGCCCUCGGCUUCGGCCGCCCCGCCGGCCUCUCGCUCAGCAUCCCCUCGCCACACCUGCCGCACCCCAACGCCCCCGCCCCCGUCGCCCCCAACCUGCCUGCCCCCAGACUCAGUCCCCCGGUGCAGCCGCCGACGCCCCCGAGGACGCCCCAUUCGCCCAAGGCGGCCAGGACGUCGUCCCCUGACAGGGGGCCAAAGGACAACAACACAACUCCUGCUUCAACUGGCAGGGUCCCACUGCCGCACAAUGUGGCCACCAUUCUCACCCUGGCCGCCCUUCAGGAGCAGAAGGACCGUCUCAUCGGCGAACACACCCCCACGGGAACACCUUCCCUUCCGACCACUUCCGGCCUUUCGAGACCAAUGCCUGGCGUGAGUCCUUCCACGGCCGCAGCUGUGGCCGCCGCGGCCGCCGCCGUUCCACUCAGGGAGCCCAAGGCGUCCAUACCCAUUGAUUACUCGCGGUACGUCCGCAAAUUCAGCAGUGCCGCCGAGUGCGGCAGCAACCACUGCCGCGACCUAAACUACAGAGAGCAUUUCCACUGUCUGGACUGCAACUCUCGCGUGUUCGUCAAGAAGGAAGAAAUGAUUCGCCACUUCAAAUGGCACAAAAAGCGCGACGAGUCCCUCCAGCACGGCUUCAUGCGCUAUUCCACCAUGGACGAUUGCUCAGACCGAUUCCCUGGGUGCCAACACAAUCGCAAGCAGACCCACUAUCACUGCAUCAAGAAAAGAGCUGAUGGGGGGAAUCAUUCACAAGAUGCUAAAUUUCCUCAUUUCUGCUCUCAGGAGGGCUGUGAGAAGGUGUACAUCAGCACGUCGGACGUGCAGAUGCACGCCAACUACCACCGCAAAGACUCGGCCAUCAUCCAGGAGGGAUUCCAGCGGUACCGCGCCACCGAGGAGUGUGGCGCCGCGUACUGCGCCUUCUUCGGACAGCGCACCACCCACUUCCACUGCAUCCGCUCUGGCUGCAAAGUGACUUUCAAGAAUAAAGCUGACAUGGACAAGCACAAGACAUAUCACAUUAAAGACGAGCAAUUGAACAGAGACGGCUUCAAGAAGUUCAUGAAACAAGAAGCGUGCCCCUUUGAACACUGUCGCUUCUCCCGUGUCUGCAACCAUAUCCACUGCAUCCGCUCUGGCUGCAACUAUGUGUUGCAUUCGAGUGGCCAGCUCUACUCGCACAAGCGGAAACACGAGCGCCAAGACAAUGAGAUUGCCUACCGUAAAUUUAAAUUAGCUCAGAGUAUGAUGAAAGGUUUUUCUGAUGGUACCACUCCCUCAGGCUUUAACCCCCAAAAUCUGAGCCCAGGGAUGCUCCAAGCAUUCCAAGAGCAGCUUGCUCAAGAAGCUCAUGCUACAAGCACUCCUGGACCGUCGAGAUACGACGAGUCCUCCCUAUCAAGACUUGACGACUCUUUGGGUCUGAAAAUCGAUGAGUCCGGCAGCCGAUUCGAUGAAUCCUCUACAGCUGAUGACAGCCAAGAGUACAGCCUAAACAUGAUGGACGGAGACGAUAAAAGUCGCAGCACUUCGCCACCCCUUUCCCAAAUUAACAAAUUCACAGCUGCCAUGUUAGCUGGCAUGCCAAUGCCUGGCUUUGGAGUGCAGGCUGGACCUUCCACUGCAGAGCCGCCAGACACCCUGGCAGCCAUGGACUUGACCGGCGAGAUUAAGCCGCGCACUGACGACCUGUGGAAAAAGUAUUUGACCCUGUUCAAGGCUAAUGAGAAAUGUGUCAAGUCUGGAGAGUGCGCCCACCUCUUCAAAGAACACUUCCACUGCAACGCCGAGGGCUGUGAUAUGACCUUUGGAUCUCAAGAGGGAGUGUGGGACCAUGCUCGGUGCCAUGAGCAGCAAGAGCAAGUGACCGAAGCCUUCUACAUCACGACUGAAGUUGGCCAGCAGGCCUGCGAGUGUCCUCCAGAGUGUCCCUUCCAAAAUAAGGAGACCCAUUAUCACUGCGGAUAUGAAAACUGUCGAGAAAUCAUCAUGACAACUGACAAGCCCUUCAGACGCCUUGACCACUACAAAAUGCACGAGUACUCGAGGAAACUGAGUCUCGGAAAGGACGCCAUGCAGAUGUCUUUAGCCACCUCCAUCGACGGCAUGUUCAGGCGCAAGAGAGGCAGACCACCAAAGAAUCGAGUCAUUGAGGUGUGGAAUGAUUGUUUCCAAUCGCAAGCAAGUGGUUCUGGCAGCAUUCUCGACUCACCCCAGGCGAUUUUCACAAGCUUUAAAUUGCCAAAGCCCAGUUUAACCCUGGCUCCUGAAUCCCCUCAGGACAUGCAGGCAGCUUCUCCCGACAAUGGAGACGAAGACAUGAACUCCUCCGACGAAAAGGGUUCUCAACUUCCGAGUGACGUUCAGGAAGGAUUUUACAUUUUUGAGGAAGGCACCGAGUGCCCUGACCAAAUGUGCAUCUACUCUGGCAAAUUCCACUACCACUGCACCCAACCAAGAUGCUUUUAUGUCACCGAGAGGGAAGAUAUCCUCAUCAUGCACUCGAAAGAUUUCCAUGACAACAUUGAUAUUCUGGAGGGAUUCGUUUUCUUUGAUCGCAGCAUUGAUUGCAGACAACCUUCCUGCCACAGCAACAAAGUGAACCGCCACUUCCACUGCACGCGCCCCAACUGUGGCUACACCUUUGUCCGAUACUCAACCAUGGCUCUGCACGAGCAAAAGCACCGCGAGGAGUCUGGACUGCAGUCAGUCAACAGCUCCGUGUCCUCGCAGCAGCCGAGCUCCCCCGCCCAGCCUGGGGGCAGUUCGGAGGCCUCUCCGCCACCCCAGUCGAGCUCGCCCCUGAGCGCCAGCAGUGCCUCGUCCAGCAUCCGUAAGAUCAAAAUGGAGAGCAGCCCAGCUAUGAACGCCCAGUCCGACAUUGCAGCCCUUAAAACAGUGGUUAAGGCAGCGGGAACGUACUACCCUUUAUCUGCAUUCUCGAGUGAGAGGCGCGCUAGUUCGUCCGAUGAGCAGUCCCAUUCUGUCCCCCAAUCGACCACCACCUCUUCUUCUUCGGCAGGAGUCGGUGCCCAAAGACCGUUAUGCAGGGUGCGCACAGACCUGCAGUCCCGCCCUGCAGCAGAGCCGGAAACGAGCAGUGGCUCGGACACCUUGAGCCGGAUGCACCAACAGUUGGCGGCUCACCUGAGCAACUCCAUAAUCGAAUCAAAACCAGAGUGGAUGGCUCUGGACAGACACUGCAAGUACGGACCUGAACUGUCCUGCAGCAGACCAUUCUGCAAAUUGAAGAGGAAGGAGCAUUAUCACUGCAACGCUUGCAACCAGGCGUUCUCCGACCUGGACCGACUGCGCCCCCACAUUCUGAAGCACAGCAGCGGCGCCAUCAGCCCCGGCUCGCAAAAUCUCAAGCGCGAGUCGGACGACACCGAGCGCAGCAGCCCGUCGCCGCAAAACGGCUCCUCGGCGGACAACCCGGGCCACCCGUGGGACCACUCGGCCGUGGCCAACGCCAUGUUCGAAGGGCACGACCUGCCGCCAGGGUUCGCGUCGCACGCGGCCGCGGCGGCCGCCGCCGGCUACCUGCCGAGCCCGUUCGCCCUGAUGACGUCGCAGAGCCUGCCGUUCAUGCACCAGCCGGCGCUGUACUCGUCGCCGGCCGGACUCAUGUUCGCGCCGGCCCUGCACCCGUCGCACCACCAGGCGCUGGCCGCCCUGCACCAGCAGCAGCAGAGCGCCCUGAACGGCAUGCAGGAGCACGAGAUGAACUCGCUGCUGGGCAAGCGGUGCUCGCCGAGCGCCCUCAGCUCGCCCCUCGACAUCAGCACCGAGGCCAAGAAGGCGCGCAUCCAGAGCAGCAUGCGCAUCCUCAAGGACGAGCCGGUGCCCGAGGGCUACCUGCGCUUCCGCUUCAACGAGGACUGCAAGUACCCGCACUGCGGCUACCGCGAGCACCAGACCCACUUCCACUGCAUGCGCAUCGACUGCGGCUACAGUUUCUGCGACAAGACGCGCUUCGUCCAGCACACGGCGCGCCACGAACGCCUCGACACCCUCAUGGGCGGCGACUUCCAGCAGUUCAGGGCCAACGUCCACUGUGGAAGGGGCGACUGCGUCUACGCCACCGUCAUGCCCUCCACCAACGUCAGAGGAGCUCUGCAGAACAAAGCGUCGCACUUCCACUGCCUAAAGUGCGAGUUCGUGUGCACCGACACCAACAAGGUGGUGGCCCAUCGGCGACAGCACCAGAAGCUCGACUCGAUCAUGGCGGCCGGCUUUGAGAAAUUCACCCCGUCGCAGAAUUGCAACGUGGACGCCUGCGCCCACAACCAGAAGCAGACGCACUACCACUGCUUGAGCUGCCACUACGCUGUGCUCGGUCUUUCACAAAUGUCAGCACACAAAUACCGCCAUCUAGAAUAAUAAUCAACCGACGACUAGCUGGCGAAAUGUGUAAAAAAAAAUAUCAAGAUUUAGAGAGAGAGAAAAGUAUGUAUAAUUAUUAUUAGUAAAAAAUUUAAAGAAACACGCGCGUUGGGAGAGGAAACGAAAAUUGGUUUUGCUGCUGAUCUCUAGCUAGGUAUGAAGAAAAUUCGCAAAGUCAGAUCCAACUGAAAAUAAAUGAUAUCAGAGUGUACAUAUUUGAAGAAGUUGUUAUAACUGGUAGCUGUACGUAGGCACUACUUUCAGAUGAUAAGAAAUAUUAAAUAUAUACCAGCAGCGCUAAAAAGAAUCAUAAAGUAACUUAUAAUCAUUGAUGUGUACAUUGAAGAGAGAGAAAGAGAGAGAUGUUUCAAGAAACAAUCACAAAAUGCUAAUCUUCUUUGGAUUUUAGAUUGUUUUUAAUUUUUAGUGUGAUAUCUAAGUAAGGUUUUGAGUUGUUCGAAAAACUCGUUAAACAAAAACUGCUCUGGAGUUAAGAAAGAAAAGGAAGAAGUUUUCAAUGGGGAACAACUUUUGUGUUUACGUGCGCGACACUUGUUUUUAUUUUUAGUUUUUCUUUCGUUGUGUGUUUUGAGACGGAAAAACUUUUGAAUAUACCUGUAUACCAUUCUGCCAAAGGUAGAUUAUAAUUUUUACUUUUUAUUUUGUUGUUUAAAGAAAAGCGGAAAUAAUACUGAAACCCUUGGAAUUUUUGUCAAAGGUGCCUUCUUCGUUUUGACGAUUUUGAGUUUUGCUGAGAAAACUAUAUAAAAUUUGAAAGGAACUUUUUAGGGAAGUCUGUAGCCUGUGCCUUAAACUGAAUAGUGCGCAUUGGCUUCAAAUCUGAGAAUUCCGUGGUGACAAAAAAAAUUAUAGCCAUCAGCCUUUUUGGGAGUCCCACCCUUUACACAUUUUGACAAGUAGAGAAGAAUUACAUUAUCCUAGUACAAAAGACGCUUAACCCUUUCCUCCUACUUUCCCCUGUUUCGGUUCAACAAGAGUUGGUAGGGAAAGUUUUUAGUAGCAUAAAAAAAUCAAUCAAUCUAUCAAUGGAUAUCACAUUCAUGACGAUGCAUUGCAUGUUGUCAAAAUUCUAUUUUGGAACUGUGAAUAGGACGACUUAAAACCGUUUUGGUGCCUUGCAAAAUUCUCCAUUGAAUUUCUCAUUGCUUCUUGCGUUUCUUAUGAAUAUACUUAGAGUAAAAACAGGAAAAAAGUAAUGUCGUGUAUAAUUAACUUAAAAUAUAGUAGAGCAAAAAGAAUGCUGAGAUAACUUUUGACAAAGUGGAAAAUUUUACCUUUAGAUGAUGAAAAUAUGAGCAUAUUUUUGUAUGACAAAAAUACCAUUCCUGGCCUUUGUGUAAGACAAAAAGUGUAGCAGAAAACGCGUAUUAUAAAAAAAUUUAAUGCUUUCUAAAUGUUCUACAUAAACUCACUCGAUUCCUAUAUAACCGGCAAAAGCAGAAAUGAAACGUCUCUCUUGUUGCGUUAGUAAAUUAUUCAGUCACAGCUAUUAGAGCGUAGAAACUGAGAUUCCUGAAAUUGGCUUAACACCAAAAUUCAAAAGUACCCAAAGGCACAAAAUUUGCAUUGUUAUUCACACUAAAAGAACUGCUUUGAGAUAAAUCGGGAUGGCGCAACCGCCCGUUAAAUUGUGUAUAAAACGAUGUUUUUGUUGAUUUGUGAUGAUUUUUUUUCCUUUCGUUUUAUGGUUAUUACUCUCUUGUGUAAGAAAAGUGCAACUAAAUCUCGAUUAUGUUUAUGAUUAUUAUUAUUAUUAUUAAGUACCUAGUCAUGCACUACUUUUUGAAUACGACAAAGGUCAUUUUCUGCCUUUUUAUCAUUAUAGCGAUUUUUUCUUCAACAAUUAAUAUAUAAAUGAUAAUAUCGUACACGCAAUGGGUGCAGAAUUUGUCAGUGCCUUUUACCAGUAUGCAAAAGACACAGUCACACACCUUUGCAAUCGAUGUGGAGAUUUACUGAAACUGACACGGAUCGAUCUGUAGCAAACGAGAGGAACAUUUUGUGUAUGUAUGUAAGUUUGUGUACAGUACCGCGCAGAAAGCAACAAAAAAAUAAUAUUGAAGCUAAAAA